UAUUAAUGAACAAGAAGAACGCAGCAAGAUUUGACAAAGAACUGCGAAAGCCAGACUUCUCAAAUUUUAGAACUGAGAAAGAUCACAUGGAAGCUAAAAGGAAGAAAUUAGAAGAAGAGGCCAGAAAAAAGAGGAAUGAAGAACAAAGGGAAAUGAACAAGAAGGCUGCUAAGUUUGGAACUAGGCAAAUGUGUCAUUGCCAAGGCCUGGUACAUCAACUUGUGAGUAACUGUACUGGCUGAGGAAGGAUUAUUUGUGAGCAGGAAGGAGAGGGAGACUGACUCUUUUGAAAACAGAAGGGAUACACAAAUGUUUAUGUAGAAUCUUGGAAGUUAGUCGACCAGAGUGAGAAUAAAAGCCUAGAUCCUGCUUAUGCCCAAGCUGUGCAGAAGAGGAAUAGAUUGUUGGAGUUUGAUAAGGGAGGGGUGACUCAUUCGUCAAUUAAAGAUCAAGGCGCUGACUGGUACGAGCUUGAGAAUAAUACAUGGGAAAGUAAGGAAAACCGUGUAAUGGCUAAGAAAAUGAGGGAGAUUGAGGAGCAGAACAAGGAAAUGGAAGAAUCUGCACUCUAUGUAUCUAUUGGAGGUGGUAAAGGUGAUGACUUUGUCUCGCUUAAAGCUGGCGUUGUGAAGUCAAAUGAGGAAAUCGCUACAGAAGCCAAUGACUAUAUCAACCAACUUGCUAUGAACAACCUUGAGAGAAAUCAACAGUUUGAGGAUGAGGAACAGAUAUUUGAGGAUUUUAAAGAUAUUAGAAUUACAUCUUGAUCUGUAAUGGACCAGAGAGCCAAGGAACUGAUAGAUAAGUGUAGAGAGGAUGCUCUUAGAGCUGAAGAAGAAAUGAUCGAAAAUUCUAAGAAAAUCAAAGCCAAGGCUGAGAACCAAGGAAUCCUUGAGAGUCUUUCUGAAAGACUUCAGAGUGAAAAUCCUUUUGAUGAUUUCAAAAAGCAUCUUGACCAAGCUCUUAAAGAGCAAGAGGCCGAUAAAGAGAAAGACAGCAAGAAAGAGGGAGAAAAUAAGAGCGAUGAUGGACACGAUCCUAAAUUUCUAAAGAUGGACUAA